UAUUCGAUUCUCGAGGUAGCCAUAUUACGUCCGGAACAUUUGGAUUGCGUAGGGUGUUCGAAACUUGUCUGAAAACGAGUUUGCUGUUGUCAGUGCUACGGGAACAGUUCUGGCUGCUUAACUCCAAAAUUAUAUAAAUUUGUUUAUCAGUCACGUGUAAUUGAUAAACGACAUACCAGUAAAUUUAUAAGUUGUAAUUUAUAACAAUGGACUUUGUAUAGGAUUAGUGAGUAGGAUGAACGAAUUUUGGAUUUCGUACCAUAUAUUGUUGCCGAAAAGUGGAGUGCAAGAAAUAUUUUCCUUCAUUUAAGAGUUCGAACAGCCUAACAAUUUAUAUAAGAAGUUUUGAAACUUAUCCGGAUUGAAAUCGUAACAACUAAUUUUUCACAAUGUUUUGUAUACAACCGAUUGAACUUUUUCAGUUAACGGCUAUAAAUGAAGGACAAAGAGCUCUUAAUAAUUUCUGGAUGUCUAAAUAUGCCAGGCUGUGCAGCAGUUGGCUGCAACAAUCGUAGUGAGAAAGGUUAUAUUAUGAAAUGUUUUCCACGUGAUCCAAAGUUGAGGAAAAUUUGGCAAGAACGUGUUGCUAGAGCUGAUUGGGAACCAUCAAAUAACUCAUUUCUUUGUCAUGUGCAUUUUGAAUCUCAAGAGUGGUCUAUAACACAAAGUGGUAGAAUUAGAUUGAGAAAGAAUGCAAUACCUUCUAUAUUUACUGUGACAUCUAAUAGAAAAUCUCCUAAAAAAAAGACUAAGACAUUUGAUAGUAAAGGUGAAAGCAUAUUGCAAGGUGAAUAUAACAUAGAAUACAUGGAAAUUGAUACAGAACAUUCAUCUAUUGAACAUUUAGAAGAGAAAGAUUUGGAUUUUCAGGAGAUUGAAGACUCGUCUAUGCAGCAAUCUAUUGAAAAUAGUUUUAAAUACACUUACAAAUCUACAGAGGCUAAAAAAGAAGAAAGCGUUAAGAUUAAUCAUCAGACACAAAAUAUUGUAAUGAUUGCCGAGGAUAAUCUUACUGAUAUUAAUAAUUUAGUGGAACAAUACAACAUUGAAAUCCAACCAAAUGAUAAUAAAAAGAAAAUUGAAGUCAUGGAUAAAUUAAAAACUCAAGUAUCAAAUAUCACAAUGAAGAAAGAAAUUAAGCUGGAAAUUAUGGAGCGUAAUGCAUUUGAAGAUAGUUAUGAUGAAAUUGAAGAGAAAUUAAAGCAAAUUUGUGAUGGUGGAUCCACUGAAGAUGACAAUUAUAAAAAUGAGAUUCAAAAAGAAGAUGAAGUUGAAGAAAAAACAGAUGGUAAAGUUGAAUCCACCAGUAAUGACCAAAAAGUUACUUCCUCUGAUGUGAGUCAUUUAUCAAUAAAAAAUGAAGUUGGACAUAUACUUGCAGGCAAAGAGGAAAAUGUUGAAAUAAUUUUUGGCACUGAAAGUGGAGAUGAAAAAACAUCUGCAUCUCAAAAUAUAUUAAAAGUAAAUAAAGUGGAUAACAAUACAUUGAAAGAAGUUGAAAUGAUUUAUGUUAAAGAUGAAAAAAAAGUUUUUAAUGAAGACAUAGAAGAAAAUUUUUCUAAAGAUGAAGUUCAUGUUAUACCAAAUAUAAGAGCAGCUAUGAAACGUAAAAGAAGAACUAGGGAAGAAAUAAUGAAAUCAAUAAAGAAAUCAAUUAGAAGCAAUUCAGAUCAGGAUAUUAAUUCUUCAAGUAAUACUGACUCAUCUGAAGUACAAAUCAAAAAUGAAUUAUCUUUAUUUUCUUCAGAAAUAAAUGAUAUCAAUAAGAAUGAUACAAAAGAAGAAACUGCAAAAUUUGUCAUUAAAAUAACUGGUGACUCUGAUGAUGUAACUGAAAUUAUUGAAGAAUUAUCAUCUAAUACAAUAGGAACACAAAUAUCUAAAGAAUUCAAUACUUUUUCUAAAAUUGAGGAAAAUGAUUCACUUGUUACAUCUAUUAUAACAGUACUGUCACCAAAAAAUCUUAAAGGUAUUAUUUAUGGAGAUUUCAACAAUUCAUUAAUAAAGGAUGACUAUGUAACUUCAAGUAAAGAAACGUUAAUAAUGAAUCAAGAUGAAGAUAGAGAGUUUACAAGUUUAAAUUCAACUCAUAGUUCUAAAACAUACCAUUCGAACAUACAUACAUGUUCUGAUGAAGAAGAGAGGCUUAAGAUAAGGACCAAUUCACCAUUACAAAAUUGUACACAAGAUGUUCCAGUCACUUUGGAAAACAAUCGUGGUUGUAUUUCUUCAGACUAUGAAGAUCUACUAGAGAGAAUACAAAUUCAAGAGGGUGUAAUUGCGAAGUUAACUGAUCAGAUAAUUAUUUAUAAAGAUUUGGAAAAUAGCAUAAGAGGUAAAGUUACUGGACAUGAAAUACAAAUCAAAGAUGUAGAAACUUCUAGAAUUAAUACAAGAUCAAGUAAAACGCAACUUUUUAUAUAUAAAAAAAAUAUAGAAUCCAAGCAAAGAUUAAUAGAAGAUUUAUCAAACAGAGUGAAUUAUUUGGAAGAAACGAAUAAGAAAUUAAUGAAAAAUGUAACAUUGGAAUCUCAGCAAAAAAGAAAGCUUGAAGGACAAAUUAAACAGAAGGAUAAUCGGAUAAAGGAACUUAAUUGGAAACUGGAAAAAGCGUCCAAAUAUCUCGAAAGAGCAGAAAAGAACACAAAUACCUAUAGAAGAAAAAUGUUGAAUAUGCAAACUAUUAUAAGAAGAAGAAAACUUUUAGAUGAAAAACUGAGCAAAUUUGACAUGUUAAUAGAUAAUUCUAAAAAAGAAAAGGUUUUAUCCAUGGCAAUAGAAAUCAGAAAAGUUUGUGGAAGAAUAGGAUAUGAUAAGCUGAUUUCUUAUGGGUUUCCAUUACCACCACCACAAGCUUUAAAGGAAGGAAUUCUCACUGAAGAUUUUGCAAAUUCCAACAGAAGUGAUAUGUAUGAGGUACGAAAUUCUACGCAGAUAAAUGUUAAAACAGAAAAAGUUCAUGAUACAAAUAAUGAAUCUGAAAUAUAUGAAAAGGACACAGAACUUCUAGAGUCAGUUGGUAAGGCAACUGAAUAUGAAAGUACAGAAACUGUGACAGGAACUGUACAAGACAUUUUUGAUGAAAAUAAUGAUGGUGAUGAUUUUAGUACAAAUGAAUUGAGAGAACAUUUUAUUCUGCAAUUAAAUGCAGUUAUGUAGCCAUAAUUUUGUAUUUUAAUUAUAUUCUUUUCUUUACAUCUUAAGAACUGUAAUAUUAAGAACCUAAAUACUUAGAUAAAAUUUCGUCUGUCAUUGUACAAUAUGUAUCAUUAUACUCUUAAUAAUUAUAUUUAUUGUACAGUAUAAUCUGAUAUCCUUAUUUCAAAUGUAAAUAUAUGUACAAUAUACAUGUAUAAUAUAAAAGACCAUUUUA